UCAAGCAUGGUGCCACACUCUCGAGGCUGCUGGUGGAUCAUGCAUUACAGCUCCUAUGCUGUGAAUAACAUCUGCACUGUUCACAAAGGGAAGAGUCAGAGAGACGGGCCGAUCAGGGCAUUCUUAGGUCCGUGGCUGCAAUGCUGCUGUAAAGGAAACAUGUUGGUUGUCUUUGUGGAGCAGAAAUCGGCUAAUUAAUCUGUAGUUUAUCAUUAAAGGAGGAGAUAUUGCUUGUUAGUUCAAAGCCACUAUGGCAACAUAUGUGUGUGCUGUUAUAGUUCUAUUUCAUUUUAGUUUAAGUUGACACUACUAAUAAACACAGACAGGAUAUGUAACAACCACAUUUUUGUGGGAGCACGUUUGGGUGUGUCCGUCUUUGGCUGUUGCUCCCGUGAGCCACAAUAGGAAAGACGCAGCUACUAAAAGCAACACUGAAACAUGAUGAACGGUUUAUUUCAACACUACAGGGACGACAGAUUGUGGGGAGGAGUGUUAUAGGCUGAAGCUAAAAUGAACAUGGACUCUCUGCCUAACGAGUAUGUAAAUACAAGAAAUAUGUAAAUGUUUUUGUCCUGGCAAGUUACAUAUUUCUGUUUAUCCUAAAAUAAAAUAAAAGGCACUUAAUAAUAAUACAUUUUAUUUAUAGAGCGCUUUUCAAGAAAAUAAAAGACACUUUACAAACAUUAAAAUCAUCAUAAAAAGCUCUGCACUAAAAACAUAGAACAAACAACAUUCCUCACACAUUAAAAGGGUUCAAAACUUUUGUCUGAAAACUAAGCAAAGCAAUAUUUUUGAAUAAAUAUAAUAUAAUAUAUAUAAUAUAAAAAUAUUCUCUAAACUAAUAAUUGUACAACUGCAACAAUUGGUUGAGCAAUGGAUCAAUUAUUCUGAGUCGUUGUAAAGAAAAAGUCAGCAUGGGUUCUGGGAAGCUGUGAUUGGCCUUUUUCACUCAUUUCUGUGAUUUGUAUUUAUUCAUGGUGAAGAUAAUGGUUUGUUGCAGCUCUAAGAAAUAGGCAUACUGUCAUAAUCCUGCUUGGCAAUUGGGCACAUAAUUCACACGCAUCACUACAGAUCCUCCUCACCACCCCAGGCUGCUAAUUCAUCCUGCUGGAUUUAGGGAUGUUGUGAAUGAACGGCAUCCCUCUGUCAUGCUGCCUGUUGCUCUUCCUGUCUCUCUCUCUUUACAUACCUGGUGCCACCUUCUUGUAAUGCGGGUGGCAGCCGGCUGGACUUUGAUUCACACAGUGGUCGCUCUUCGACAGACAACCGUACAGCAAAUUAAUCUGUCCUCCCGUGUCGCACUGAAUGACUUCCAAAAUCGAAACAGCUGUCGCACCCAGAAUCGUUUGCCAAGAGUCAAUUCUCAGAAGUUUGUUGCAGCAUCAGUUGCAACCCACAUUCAAACUGUUGCCACAUUGUUGAACUGUGCUCCAAGUAGAUUGUGAAGCUUGUUUGCACCGUGACCUUCUCUAAAGCCGGGCAGUAACACCUCGAGGCCUCCCUCGGCUGAGCUGCAGGCUUUUCUCUGGGCCUCUCCAGGCUAACCUAGUUCUAUCACAGUCUUUCCCAAGAGUGCAGUUAUUUUCAGCAAAAUGUGGCUUUCUGCUCCAAUUUUGUCAAUGUGUUGUUUUUGUCGAGCAACAAUAUCGUAUGAAAGAUGUAUAAAAGACGAUGUGCUCUCUUAAUCAGAUCACCCCCCUCCUGGUUGGAAAGUUCUACAGGCUGCAUAUUUGUCCUGGCAGUGUGUCGGCGAGCUCAUUUGGUGAAUGUGUCUUCGGUGGGGAGUCAAUAGGUGGUGGACCAGAGCCUACGCCGAUACCUCACCAAAGCUGGCCUUUGUUCACGGGAUAAGUGACGCAGUGGGAAUAUUAAUGUGAUUAGACCGAAUAACCGGGUGCCAGAGCAAGGUCCGGUUGCUGCCGCAUGUUAGAAAAGAGUGCAUAUUUGUGUUAUGCUUUGCUGUGUAGUCACAUUUGGACAACCAAACGCAGGCAGGGCCAGGGCAGCGGUGUUGUCGCCUGUCAGACACACACACACACACACGGUACAAUUCAGUCUCAGCACGUGGAGACCGACAUCCUGUCCACUGUGCUUUCACCAGCCUUUCUAAACAUAGACUGAGCUAUCCAUUUAUUAACUACACUUUGAAAUCUUUUCUGUUGAAAAAACUUUAGACUAACUUAUUUUUAAUGGUUUUCUGCUUAAUGGUGAUGGUGGGACCAGUCUUUCUUUUCUCAUUGUGACUGAAGAGAUCUCUCAUAUCUCCCUCUCCUUAUCGCCUCCUCUUCAGUGAAUGUUCCACCUCAGCUGACGGUGUGUGCAGUCAGGAUCUUGUUUUGCUCAGCUCCGGAGUUUUUCUUCUCUUAUCGGUCAAAAGCAGACUUCUGCAACUCACGCCACCCACAUGUUGGUUAUGUAUAGCCACACACACACCUACCCCUAUCUGCCCAGUGGUUUGAAAACAAUGCUUUGUGUAAUUCUAAGGCUGCUAUUUGUGAAACCUCGAUCAUGCACAGGGGGUUCUUACAAGGUUAUGUAAGGCUCCCCACUCAACUGUAAUCCCGCUUACGCUGAGUGAGCCCCCCCAUGUGACUGUGCUGAAGUGUUGGGAGAGACCAGGUGGCUGUUUGGACCGUCGGCAAGGCACGGGUGCUAUCCGUAGACUCCAGCCACCUGACCCCACCACACACACACACACACACACACACACACACACACUGAGCUGCUUGUGUAUAAGAAGAGAAGUUUAUCCUGGAAAAUUCCUUACUUGGAACUGGGACGCUGGAUGGAGACACAGCGCUGAUGCUCGUCCUCGGUGCCGGGGUUUGGACCAGACCUACAGUCACUACAUUGAGCAUAUUCCCUGAAUGAUACUCCGGCUCUCCUCUUCAUCUGCGUGAACCGUCAAUGUGGACGUCAGCUGGUGAUUUGACAAGUCACAUAUAGGAGCAGCCUCCAGUGUUUCCUGUCCCCUCUCCCCCCUCUCUCUCUCCCUCCCUCCCCCCUUCCCUUGUCAAUCUUCUCCCCGAUCCCCCUUUCCCCCCUCCUCCAAUAUUCACCAUGCUUAUCAAGGAGUACCGCAUCCCCAUGCCCAUGAGUGUGGAGGAGUACCGCAUCGCCCAGCUCUAUAUGAUCCAGAAAAAGAGCAGAGAAGAGAGCUGUGGUGAGGGAAGCGGGGUGGAGAUUCUAGAGAAUAAGCCCUACACAGAUGGACCGGGUGGGACGGGCCAGUACACCCACAAGGUUUACCAUAUUGGCAUGCACAUUCCCAGCUGGUUCCGCUCCAUCUUGCCCAAAGCAGCACUGAGGGUUGAAGAGGAGUCCUGGAACGCCUACCCUUACACCCGCACCAGAUACACCUGUCCCUUUGUUGAGAAGUUCUCCAUUGACAUCGAGACCUACUACAAACCCGACUCAGGCAACCAAGCAGAUGUCUUCAACAUGUCUGCAGUAGAGAAGAGGCAGAGGACUAUUGACCCAAUCGACAUAGUGACAGAUCCCAUGUCCCCGCAUGAGUACAAAGCAGAGGAGGACACACGGCUCUUCAAGUCAGCCAAGACCCAGAGGGGUCCUCUGCAGGAAGACUGGAUAGAAGAGUACAACAAUAACCCUGGGAAGACCCCCAUCAUGUGUGCCUAUAAACUCUGCAAGGUGGAGUUUCGUUACUGGGGCAUGCAGUCUAAGAUUGAGCGCUUCAUCCAUGAUGUCGGACUGAGAAAGGUGAUGGUGCGUGCCCACCGGCAGGCCUGGUGCUGGCAGGAUGAGUGGUACGGUCUGACCAUGGAGGACAUCCGGCAGCUGGAACUGGAAACCCAGCUGGCCCUGGCCACGAGGAUGGCCCAGUUCAGUCAGGCAGAGGAGGCCACAGAGGCUAACGGAGAGGCUCCGUCUCCGGACAAAGACCAGGAGGUUAAAGAGGCGAUCAGCUCCAUUGAAGCUGAGGAGGAGGUUGUAAGCUCAGGCGGAGAGACUCUCCAGCCUCGAGGUGUACUCACCAAGCAGUGGUCCACUUCAUCUCGAUCCUCCCGCUCAUCCAAGAGAGGAGGUGAGGAGCAUGCCUUCUUCACCUAUCCGUCUGUCACCUCUGUGGAUGACGGUUUGGUGAGCCCAUCCCGUCACAGCCUCUCAGAGUGGAGGAUGCAGAGCAUAGCUCGAGACUCGGAUGACAGCUCUGACGAGGAGUUCUUCGACGCUUAUGAGGAUCUCUCAGACGAGGAAGUCCUCCCAAAGGAAAUCGCUAAGUGGAACUCCAAUGAACUCAUAGACAAGAUUGAAGCGGCAGACACAGAGGAAACUCCUGGUGAGCUGUUAAAGGAAAUGACAGUGGAUUAUGAAAGAGCAACCAGUGAGGAAAGACUAGAUGAGAUGCGUGGCUCUGUUAGCGGCCAAACCGAUAGCUCUCCCAUUCCCACCAUCACGGUAACAAGGCACCAGUCAGAGAACUUGUCCCAGCAGUGCUUGCAGCCUUCCAAGAUCCAUGUGCUGAUCCUGGUUCUGCACGGAGGGAACAUCCUGGAUACAGGCGGAGGGGACCAGAACAGCAAGCAGGCCGACGUCAACACGAUUAGUACGGCUUUUGACACAGUCAUGCGUGUUCACUACCCCGCGGCGCUGGGACGCAUCGCCAUCCGCUUGGUACCCUGCCCUGCCAUCUGUGCCGAGGCCUUCUCCCUGGUGUCCAACCUGAGCCCGUACAGCUACGAUGAGGGUUGUCUGUCUAGCAGCCAGGACCACAUCCCCCUGGCAGCUCUCCCCCUCCUAGCAACCUCUGCUCCACAGUAUCAGGAUGCCAUGGCCGCCGUUGUCGUCAGAGCCAACCAGGUGUACACAGACUUUAUAAAGUCUCUGGACGGGGAAGCUUUCUCUGGCCGGGUGUGCCUCAUUGGGGACUGUGUUGGAGGAAUCUUGGGGUUUGAUGCACUGUGCAGUAGCAAUCAGACGGUUAAUGAAAGCCAGAACAGCAGUCGCAGGGGCAGUGUUGUCAGUGGACAGGACCAGGAUCUCCUAUCUCCUGGCAUUAUUGUCAACAGCGGGCAGGGGUCUGCCUCUCCGACCCUGGAGGGCAGCCGCCACCUCAGUCGCAGUAACAUCGACAUCCCUCGUGCGAGCACAGGUGACGACACCAAGCGACAACUGCCACGCAAGAGAAGUGACUCCUCCACCUACGAAAUGGACACAAUAAAACAACACCAGGCCUUUCUGACCAGCAUACAUUCCAGUGUUUUGCGGAACGACACAGUGUCACGCAGGUCCAGCAGCAGCACUAUGCUGGAUGGAGGAUGGAAGUUUGACUUCGAAGUGUCUGACUUUUUCAUGUUUGGCUCUCCACUGGGCUUGGUACUCGCCCUGAGAAAGACUGUCAUUCCUGUGCUGGAUGUGGCCCAGCUGAGGCCUGCCUGUCAACAGGUCUAUAACCUGUUCCACCCAGCUGAUCCCUCAGCCUCCCGCCUGGAGCCUCUACUGGAGAGGAAGUUUCACCUCCUGCCUCCCUUCAACGUUCCCCGCUACCAACGCUUCCCACUGGGAGAUGGAAACUCCGCCCUGCUGGUGGAGACAGUCCAGAGCAACGCUCAGCUGCUACUUGACAGCGGGCCUCCUCUGUCCCUUCGCUAUCAGGAGACCAUCAGCGAGACCUGCAUCCCUGUGCCUGUGCUAAACUGGCAGGAGGGCUCCCUCAAAGCCACACCCGCCACUAUGGAGUCGGAAUUUGUUCAGUCUCAUGGUGGUGUCUUCAUGGACAGUUCGUACCCCUCAUCCCCCAUAACGGGCCCCCUUUCCCGGGCCCAGCGGAGGGCCAGUGAGGUCAGCAUUGCCAGCCAGGUCUCAGGAAUGGCAGACAGUUACACUACCACCAACAUAGCCAACAUCAAAUCAUGCCAAAAUAACCAGUCCAAAAAGUUCAGCCUUUUGUCCCAACUCGCCCUUUCAUCACAAAACAAAUUCUUCCUGAAAAGUCCUCCUAAGUCCCGUAAGAAAGCAGAGGCUGACCCGGCCGAAGGAUCUCCUGAUGCAGAUGUAGUGGCAGAGCUGGACAGUGAGGCUAGUGACAGUCUAAGUCCCACUAGCCAGUACGACAACUGCCUGUCAGCAGGGCUGGACUGUGCUAUAUCUGAUCUGGUCUCACUGGACUCCCAGACUGAAGUGGACCAAGUUGCGGCUCGUUGGUGGGGCACAAAGCGGCUGGACUUUGCUCUGUACUGCCCCGACGCUCUGACCGCUUUCCCCACGGUGGCUUUACCGCACCUCUUCCACGCAUCAUACUGGGAGUCCACUGAUGUGGUGUCUUUUCUCCUGAGACAGGUCAUGAGGCAUGAAAACUCGAGCAUCCUGGAGCUCGAUGGAAAAGAAGUGACUGAAUUCACCCCCUCAAAACCUCGAGAGAAGUGGCUCCGCAAGAGGACUCAUGUGAAGAUCAGGAACGUGACUGCUAAUCACCGUUUGAAUGACGCAGUGUUCACAGAAGACUCCCAGCAGGUCGUGACAGGCCGCUUCAUGUACGGCCCUCUGGACAUGGUCACCUUGGCCGGGGAGAAGGUUGACCUCCACAUCAUGACCAAGCCUCCAUCAGGAGAAUGGAUGUUCUUCAACACAGAAGUGACCAACAGUAGUGGCCGUGUGUCUUUUGUCAUCCCAGAGGACAAACGUCUGGGCAUCGGGGUCUACCCUAUCAAAAUGGUUGUCAGAGGCGACCACACAUUUGCUGACAGCUACCUGACGGUUAUUCCACGCGGCACCGAGUUUGUGGUAUUCAGCAUUGACGGGUCAUUUGCUGCCAGUGUGUCAAUCAUGGGCAGUGAUCCCAAAGUGCGGGCAGGAGCCGUGGAUGUCGUCAGGCACUGGCAGGAUUUAGGCUAUUUGAUCAUCUAUGCGACAGGACGACCAGACAUGCAGAAGCAGCGGGUAGUGGCUUGGUUAUCUCAGCACAACUUCCCUCAUGGCAUUGUCUCCUUCUGCGACGGCUUGGUCCAUGACCCACUCAGACACAAGGCCAACUUCCUCAAGUCCCUGACAGAGCUUCAUUUGAAGAUUUUCGCCGGCUACGGAUCAACCAAAGACAUCUCAGUCUACAACUCCAUUGGCCUCCCUCCCUCCCAAAUAUACAUUGUCGGUAGACCCUCCAAGAAGAUGCAGCACCAGUGCCAGGUCAUCACAGAGGGAUAUGCGGCUCAUUUGUCCCAGCUGGAGUACAGCCACCGCUCUCGGCCAGCUAAGUCCAGCAGUGCACGCAUGGUCCUGCGUAAAGGCAGCUUUGGCUUGGGCGCCAACAGUGACUUCCUAAGGAAGAGGAACCACCUGCUGCGCACCAUCUCCUCCCAACCGACCCCCAGCUCCCCGACAGGCAGCAUCCACAACAGACCGGAACGCACACAGAGCCAGUCAGACGGCGAGCGGCUGGAGCGGGAGCGGCUGGAUUGCGCUCAAAGCUACAGCCAGGGAGCAGCGCAGCGCAGCAUGAGCAUCACAGCCAGCUGCUGGGGCCGCAGCAGCAGCACCAAGCUGGAACCAGGCAUCCUCAGCCCCAAAUGAGAUGAGGGAGACAAUGUGAGAGUACCUUAAAAAUAUACAGGGCUGAGGAAGAGACCCAUGACGAAGAGAAGUGCAAAGAGUUCAAAACAGCUGGCUUGCACUAGGUGCUACAAACCACUCUUUAUAAACUAAUGCCAGUCACACUCAACAUAGAUAUUUAUGAACAGAGGCUAUGGCUCUGUUCUCUGUUUUAUUACACAAAACUCAACAGGCAUUUCAAAGAGACCUUAAACAGGAACCUUGCACACAAACAGACAAAGCUUACAUUGUAGGGAUCCAGACUGUUUCUACUGUUUAAUACAUAUUUAACAGUCUUGAAUACUAGCUCAGUUCUUUUCCUACAGCAGACUUUUAGAUUGGUGAUGGUUACACAUACAAGCACCCCGAUGCUGUACACUUACGCAAACAACACAACGUGGUUACAGACCGCCUGUAUCAGGUCCAAGUUUCUGAUUCUGCUCUGUAACUGACUACUGCCACUGCAAGCACAGCAAUUACUAUAGAGAUCAACGGCGAGUAUAAUAGUUUUAAAGUUAUGUCUUUUUAAUGAGAUAAUAAGAUGUGUUCUUGAGCUAAAAAUCAGGUAAAACUGGACUGGAUGUGUUUCUUUUCCCAGUGUGACCAAACAGACAGUUAGCGGAGAUGUAUAUUUUGAAGAUUUCUUCAAAAUGUUUUUUCUGUAAGCUAACAAUACAUUUGAUUAAGAUCUCCUACUUGUUUCAUAUAGGACUAAAUAUUUCUAGCUAAUGUUUCACCAUACAGUCCAGUUUUGCUUGUUUUCUAGUCGCCCCUCAGAACAAAGAACCAUCCAGAUAUCACAUGCAGCAAACAGAGAAACUACCCUUUAACUACUGAAACUGUUCCUGGGAUUUUUUAGCAUUUGACCACAUCUCACCGUACUGCGCUGCUGAACCUUCCUGAAUCAGCCGCGUACAAUUCAGCUAUUGGGGAAACUCCUGCUACUGUGCGGUUAAUGUGCCAAAGUAAACAGUAUAGAGUGAUAUGCUGUACAUGAACAGAAAGGACAUGAUUACGGUCUCCUGCGUACAAAUGGAAUAGAUUGUGUAAGUAUGUAGUUGAACGGCUUAAUGAGGCUUGUAUAUAAUUGUUAUAUUACAGUGCAGAUCUGGUAUCUGGUCCACUGAAGACCAGUUUCAAGUGUCUUCUUUACUCCGGGGGUAAACACCACCUCAUUCAGGAUACACUUUAAUGAUUGAUGAUAACUCUUCUUAUUUAAGAUUAUAGAUAUUUUAAAAUGUAUUGAUUUUGUGAACAAAGUGUGUUUUAAGAUUACUUAAGCUAUGUUGGUUUUAAUUUUUCUUUAAACUUUAGUUGCAGCAGCCAAAACUCAAAGAGGUCUUUGCCUGGCACAGUAUUGUAUUUCUCUUACGUUAACUUACAGAUCUGCAGAAUUGUAUCAACAGAACUGCUAUCUUGUGUCAUAUAUUGUAUGUUUAUUAUCUAUUUUGCAAAUUUGGGAUAUGGCUUCUCUCUGGUUAUCCCUCAGCUGUAAAUGAGGCGUUGAAUGUGCUCAUAGAUAAUCCUCCUCCAUUAAGGUUUCUCUGUUCUGCUGCGCCUUUAGAGGAAGACAAAUCUGCAAAUUGUAAAUUCUGUACAAAAUGCUGUCAGAAGUAGGAGCACAGAGCUCAGACUUACUUAACGCUGUUCGCCAUUUAUCACUGAAAUGGGUGCAGAUGUGUGAUUUAUUCAUUCAAAUGAUUUGGCCCUCUGACAGGCAUGUAGGGAGCUGACUGCAAUGGACCAAUAUGGGCUCAAAUGAAAGGGAAACGUGCAAUAUUACUCAACCGCACCACAAGAUCAAACGGACUGUUGAUGGAAUGUUACAGCGCAUUGACAAUCAGCUCGACGGGCACAAAUUCUCCAGACGUCGGAUCACAGAGGGAAUCCGAAUACAUCUUAUUACUCAACAAACGCACAGGGACACAUGCAACACUUUUAAAGACCAUUACUAAAAAAGUAGGGAUCUCUCACUGAAAGUGCCACUUAACCUGAUCGGUCUUAACUGAUCGACACUCAGUUGUCAGUUUAUUAGGUACACCUGUCCAAAAGAGAGUCCUGCCUUCAUGAAGGAUAUCAUUUUUUUAGAGGAUCGAUUUAAUGGUGAUUUUGGAGGCUGUAGUUUGUGAUGCUGUUGAAUUGUAUUGUGUUAUACUGAAAGGUGUUUCUAAUAUUUUGUCCAGCCCUUUUAUAUCAAUGAGGGGAGACCUAAUGCUAGAUAACUGAGUGUGCAUUCUUAUGUAUAGGUGCCUAUGACUUCCCUAAUCAGGGCUGAUUAUAGCCACCCUGGUGAAGAAAGGCGCCAUUACUAACUGUAGUACAGUCCCUCUGCUUUUUGACCAUUUCAGAGAUCUGGCUUGAAGCCAUAUAAAUAAAACUCUUUCGGAGGCUGCUGAUUAAAGAACGGCUGUUUGGAAAUCAAUAGUAAUUAGAAAAAAAAGGAAAUGCAAUGCUGUAAAACACGCACUCAUCUAAAGUUGGCAACUACUGAACCAUAUGUCCUUCCCCCCCAGAUUGCCUGGAUAUUAAAAUCCCCCAAACAAUGUAAAGAAGAAGCGGUGCGGUCAUCUGUGAGGUUUGGAUUCUCUGGGCAGACAGUCGCUAUGAUUCUGCUGCUGACACACACAUUUCCAGAGGCCUUACAUUUCCUUUUUCUGCCUUACAUCACCGUCGUGUUGCGAGGCCUAGAACGAACGCUGCUCACUCCUGAAUUCACUUCAUGGAAAAGGACAGACCGUUGACUUUGUGGAAAUAGAAAAAGGGGCCAUAUUUGCUUCAAAGGCUUUGUCUUGUUUUCACUUGAAAGGAAAUGUACAAAGCAGAAAUCUAUUUGAAAUAUUUCACCGACAUUAGGCAAUCCGUCGCUGUCUCAAGCUCUGUCCCCGGGUUAAUGCAACGCCACCACUGUUACAUCAACAGUUAGCGUUCAUAGGCUGUGUGUAUAUAUAUGCAACAUACCCUGGUAAAUACUUUCCUUGUACAGGGUGUGUAUCUUGUAGGUUUUGGAUAACUUCAUUUUAUUCAUUCCCUUGUGCUUUUAUGUACAGUGUAUAAAGAACAUAAACUACCAAGUCAUUUCGGCCUUUUUUCACAGUCAAAGUCAUGAAGAAUAAGCUCCAUAGCAUGUCUCUUCAGAGAGCACGGAUUAUUCAAAUAUAGGAUCAGUCACUGCAGUUGACACAAACUGUUUAUUUUUCAGGAAUCAGUUCACUCAAAUGCAAAUUUGUUCAGAGAACCAAAGAAAAAAAACUGAGAUGUGAAGGUGAGUAGACAUCUACGAGUGGGCGUAGAGUACGUAGCCAAAAGAGAGUCCACGCUUAAACCAGCUUCGUAUUGUACAACAGGAAUCAGUUUAUUUAAAAUGAAAAAACAUUUGACUGUCGGUCUGUUUUCAGUCACAUCAUCUGAGUAGCAGGUACAGAAGACAGACAACCUCACUGAAAACAUGGACAAAACACAUUCAUCAUUGAAUAUUAAAACCAUCUUCCUUGUGCAGAGUUCAGUCGACACAAAACGGAAGUCGCUCACUAACUCCAGCAUAGAUUUAAUAAGGCAAAUCAGUACGAGAUAUUGUCUUUUAUCUGCAUUAAAAACAUCACGAGUGCAUGUCCCUUUAUACUGUUCAGUGAAAUCACACGCAGCCGUUUGAGGUGACGCUUCAAUGUUCAGCUUGUUGAGGCUCCGCUCCUGAAGUAGAUCACGUCAUCUUCUACCGGUUCACUUUCCUCUGGAAUUCUUUCCCGUCUCCCUUGGUGGAUUGCUAUGGGAUGAAUGCACGUUCACCGUUAGAUAUAAAAGGGAAGUCUUUGUUUAUGUCACAAAAUUAGAAUUGAACCUCUGUCUCUUGUACCUUGCUGAUGUCUUUGUGUUUUUCUCGGCUGACCAUCUCCUCUAUGAUCUCUCCUUCUCCUCUCACCAAUCUGGAAGAAAGAAAAAAGCAACCCUGAGCUGUAGAAUUUAUUACAAGAA